AUGAAAAUAAUAACUAUUGCUCUAAUUAUUGGAUUAUUGAGUGUGGCGGCAAAAGCUAAGCCAACAUUUGAUGUUAUAGCGGAUAUUAUACACGAUUUGGUACAUGAUCCAAAUCAACCAGCAAAUCAUAGGCCACCACAAUAUGGAUAUAAUGGGGCAUACAACCAAAACGCUUACAAUCGUCCAGCCUACAAUCAGGCUGGUUAUGGUUACAAUCAAAGACCUCUUCAUCAAGGGGUAGCUGGUGGCUAUCAACAUAAUUCACCAAAUGGUUACUACCCGAAUAAUCAUCAAGUAGGCUAUUAUCCACCUAAUGCAUCCGGAAAUUAUGGACCUAGUGCAGUAUAUGAUAAUCAGGGUUAUUACAAAGGACCUCCAUAUGCCGGGAAUCACCCAAAUGGUUAUAAUUAUAAUAAUGGUUAUACGAAUCCUCCUCCACAGUAUGGUUACAAAAAUCGUGGUUAUUAG